UCUAAAUUUUAGAAAAGACGUUGUUUUUCACAUUCAUCUUUCAGACCAGUGUGAGCAAACGAAGAGGCUCAUUAAACAAAAGGAACAAAGUUAGGCUAAUAAUAUUCUCCCCCACAAUGGCUUCCGAAUGUAUCGAACGCAUUAUUGCUUUCUCCCGAAAGUUUCUUUCCCUGUUCAUCGCCAUAAUCUUGGCUAUUGCUGUGGCAAUAUAUGUGGUAGGUUCUAGUGUCGUCAUUUCCAAGGACAAGAGCUUUGGCAAUAUUGGAUUUUCUCAUUUUCUGGGUAUUUUGCUCACUGCCACGACGACUCUCACCUACAUCACGCUCCAUUUUCUUCCGCGCAAGGCGUAUCGGCUGCUCUAUGCUAUCACGCUUUUAUUGCUUUUCAGCAUACUUUUCUGCGCGCACUCGCUCGGGCUCACCGCACCGACCGUUACGGACUGUGGCAAGGAUGAAUUCAUGCAAAUCAUCGCGAACCUCACAGAGACCCAACGGAAUGUGAGCAUCGAGGUUGGAUCCCUUGGACAGGAAAUUAAUACCUGCUCCGGAAAUGAUGUACUUUUUGCCGGAUCUCUUAUUGCUGUUAUUAUGAUGGUUGCAGCCAUUUUUGAUGUGCAGAUGGUCUUGUUGCAUCGUGUAAGGUCUAAAACCUACGGGGAACGUUUUGUGGAAAUGGGUAUUACCAAUUAAAAUUCAUCGAAUAUUUUAGCAAAAAAAAUAUUUUCCAUUCGUUUGUUUGCAUAUUGUAGCCUUGAUUCCAUCGAUUUACUUUUUUGGGUGUAUGUUGAGCCCAAGGGUGGCUAUAUAGUGAAAAAUAUGAGUAACAAUUCGUAAUUUAUGUGUCUGUACACCACUAGCCGAAGAAAACUGUAUGUGCUAAAAAGGCGGUGUCGAAAGGCGAAGUGUUUCUGGCCUUAGCGGUGAUUCUUCUCUAAAUGGAUUCGAGAUCACGUGUUCAUGUUUGUGAAUAUAUUAUAUAUAGUGAAUACCGGUCUUAAAA